GACCAUCUAGAUUUAGCGGUAAGCUUUUUGUGCUCAUUUCCAUCGCAAAACGCGUAGGUCCGAUGCAGUUUUCGUGAUUGUGACCAACUUAAAUCUAACUCGUGUGUUUUCUUUGGAUCCAAAUUGUUCACUGAAGGCAACUUUGGCGAAGCUGGGCUCCGCAAGGACCUCUCUCGGAAAGUUCGAUGAGGGACUUUUCGAUCUUCGAGAGGCAUUACGAAUUUCCCGCAAGGUUCUUGGACGAAACCAUCGAAACGUUGCGCAGAUAUUAUGUCAUAUUGCCUGUUUGUACUUUGAAGCAGGCGAGCUGUUCUCGGCGCAGGCUACAUUCCAGGACGCACUAGAGAUUUAUCGAGGAGUAUUUCAGACCGAGUCUGACCGAGACGCUUGCAUGGCGCAGCUUACUGAAACAUUAUGUAAUAUUGGGUCCAUACAAAAUAAGAGGAAGAACUUUUCAGGGGCAAUCGAAUCAUUUCGAGAGGCUCUAUAUCUGCAACGAGGAAUCUUAGGUCACGACCAUCCAAAAGUCAUUGCCACCCUUGAUAAUCUUGCCUAUUCAUUUUCAAAGAGUAAAUCUUACAAUCAAGCCCUCAUUUGCUACAGGGAAAUGCUAAGCGCAGAAAUAUCUCGGUACGGUUCAUUCACAUUGGAAUGUUGCGACACAUUGGCAAAGCAAGUGCUAAUUUUAGGAAAACUGAAGAAAGUUGAUGAUGCACUGCAAGUUGUAAACAAAUACCUGGAAUCAAUCCAGGCCAAGUCCGAACAGGAGGUUUCAGCUGCAAAUGACGAAGUUGCCGAAGAAGUGAACCAAAUGCUAUUGGAUCUGAAAACGGCAAAAAAGAAGUCUUCUAAACCAAAAACCAGAAGGCGGGAACGAUCCCUAGAUUGUUUCGAUAGAAUACUCUUUGAAAAAGGAAAAGAUAAGAGAGCAUCAGAGCUCUAAAUGCAUAUCAUGGUUUUUCGAACGUGGCCUCUGUGAAGUAAAGAACAGCUAUCCCC